AUGCCAAUUAAGGGUUGCCUUCGAAGGACUGCUUCGCAAAGAGCACCGCCUAGGCAGUGUGUGGCUGAUGACGAGAAACUUGAGACCGCCAAGGGCUACAACGAGCCAAGCAUCCUAGAUUGGGAUCUGUUGAAUAUCGAUUCUCGACAGGAAGCCAAACAGAUUUUCUCUUUCCACCUCACUCCCUCUUUCUUUACGUUCCAUGUCCGUCCUGGAUUCCAUCUAAUUCUGCGAAUCAGAGUCAUCCGCGACAUUAAGAAGUUGCUAAAACGCGUUGUCAAAAACGCGUUGUCAGACUACAAGUUUAUCUACACCGUGGUGUGGAACCUGAAGCUGUGGAAAUGGCUAUCUGGACUACAGAUUUGUAUCUUGGAGAAUUUCGUCCUACAGCUUGGAGAUUCGUUAAUGGCCGCCGAAGUCCCAAGACAACCAGACACAACAUUUCCGUUGCAUUACGAGACAGCUGAGAUCCGAGCUCUCGAGGCCAAGGCACAUGUCUCGUUGCUAUAUGAGACCGGGAAUAAGUCGCUCGACCCGGUACUUUCAACCUCUCGACCUCUGCGCCAGCGACUUUACCCAGCAGCUAAGCGAAGCAGUGCCGGACCAGAAUCCAAUAGAGCCCCCUUAUAACCCUCUUACCAUAGGGAAAAUGGACAUGUUGCAAAUUGGUAACAACAGGGAGUUUGGCCUCUCCAGCCUGACCAUAGAAGUGAUCGAGACGCCAGACGUUGUGUGCAUAAACAGAUGUCAAUACAGGGCUG